AUGACGGUCACCAGCCUAGUGAUGCAAAACCGUCGAGGCCUUGCCUCCAAUAAACGACCUCUACGACUCCCCAUCAUUGCCCCCAAGGAAGAGGUAGUCGGCAAACCAGAGAAGGGUCUAGUUGCACCCCCGCGCAUUCGUUUACCCCCGCGAUCAAGGACAGGUUGCUGGACAUGUCGCUUAAAUGUGAUGAAGGACAUCCGCAAUGCAAUGGAUUCUCUCCCGCCUUUCGCUUUACUCACAUCGGAUGAGGAGCGAGAGAGGAAAGCCGAGGCGUCUAGUCCGGGCACAUAUCACGUAGUAGUGAUUCCAGACAGUUUCUCUACACUUCCAGAGUAUGCAGAUGAUUUGGGAGAGAAGGCAUUCGUGACAAGCACCGAGGUCUCAAUCUCAGCGACAAGUAGUCCCAUCAGUGGACAACAUUCUGUCUACAAUCCCAGUUCCAACCCUGAUCCCAAUGUGGUGAUCUUGAAGACAUUUGAGGAUUCAACACGACGAUCUCUUUCAGCAGGAAGAAUUUCCCGAAUCUCGCCAACUUCAGAGAUCUCAGAUCCUUUCUGCGCACUCUCCUUAUCUCCCAUCUUUGACUCUCAGGCCUCUCAGGCCUCUCCACUCCCUUUCGAGGACGAAAAAGUAUCUCUAUCGUACCUUGACCCAUGUCUUGAGGAGAACACUCAGGACCACACCCUCUUCUCCCAUUUCCGUCAUGUCGUGUGGAAACAAUUAUUUCCCCAUAAUCGGGAACAGGAUGACUCUUUCGGAUAUGAGAGCAGCGGUAUGACUCUAAGUGUGGAUUUCAUUGAGCGUGAAGCUGCCCAUUUUCCUCCACUUGCCCAUGCUAUCAUGGCCAUCUCGGCGCUUAGUCUUUCACACAGCGGCACUGGACAAAAUGUUGAUGCACUUCAAUACUACCAACAAGCAUUUCCUUCUUUGCAAAACAGCCUUCGAAAUAACGACGACCUCGUCUCUGAUGGUCUCUUCCUCACUCAUUUCCUCCUAUUAAUUUAUGAGGUCGCUGCAGCUGAACCUCAUGGCUCAAACCUUUGGUCUCACCACAUCUCCCGUUUACUCCACAUCUCCUUUCUUCGUCGCUCACAUUUUGGUGGUGAACCGCAUCCUUUCAUUAUAUGGUGGAUUUGCCACAUUGACCUGUACGCUCUUUUGAGCGGUGCGGGCGAUGGCGAGUUCGUUAAGGCUAUGCUGGAUCACCAGAUGCUUCCGGGUCCUGAAUGCCUCCUCUACCCCUGUGUGGCCGAGGGGUUUAGCGUCAUAUACCCCGAAGAGCAUGAGAGCUUACCUGUCAUUAUGCGUCUUUACGCUGAUACUUUCAGGCUAGCUGCUCAGUUGGGAUUCCUUGCAUCACAGCUCCGCAGGGAUAAACCGACUUUACCUCUUUCAGAGUUCGACCACCGGUCAAGGGAGAUCAAUGACUUGCGUCAGGCCUUUGGGCGGCUGUGGGAAGCUCCGGAUGUGGCUUGGUGGCAUCAGCAGCAGAACUCGCUUCCUCGCCGGUCUGAGGAAAUUCUACAGCAGUCUGCUACUCUUUUCCACGUCUGUCAUCUAUUUUCCUACAGCAGCAUGUGGUCUGGUCAGCGUCUCGAGUCGGAGUUCAGCCCCGACGGUGAGAUUGACCACCACGCCUCAGAGAUUCUGCGCAUUGCAGAACAAACCGCAAACACUCAUCGUGCUGAUCGGCAUUUCCUUGUUUUCCCUCUUUUCCUCGCUGGUGCCACUGCAUCUGCUAGCGGCUUGAAAAUGAUGGCUAUGGAAUUGAUGACAAGCAUGGAAGACGAAGAGGAUGGUAUGGGCCGCAAUGCAGCCACCACUAGGGCUAUCUUACAAACUGUCUAUGAGCGACAAUUGGAGCGUCUGAUGCGCGUUGGGCACACUCUUGACGUUGAUUGGGCUGAUCUGAUGGUGCAGGAAGGUCUGCAAAUGGUUAAUUUUGGAUAUUAG